GUUUGAAAAUUUAUCAGUGUAAAACUUACUCUCGGAAACUGAUCUUUAGUGCUAGAAACACUUUAUGACAAUUAUCAACUAAAUGGUUGUGGUAUUUUUGCAAUAUGUUAGUGUUCAUAUCAAAACACUUUUAAAUACUGGAACAAUUUUUUUUAACAUUAAUUGAGAUAUUGACAUGCAUUUUACGAAAACGUUGAAACAAUCACGAAAGUGAAGACCCUUUUUUAUAGAUGCUGAUAGGCCUGCAUCAAAUGUUUUUACAUUAUUUUUCAAUGAGCUAUUUUACGAAGUGACAACAAUGUUGAUGAUGAUAUUGCUUUUCACGGGUAAGGACGCUACCUACUGUCAAAAUUUCAUUCAUAAUAUCGGCUCGUAAAACGGACUAUUCAUUCAGUCAUUGUUUAUAUGAAGGCACAGAAACACGAGUUUAUCAUUCUUCGUUUAAUAAUAAUAAUAUAAUUGGCUUUUAUGAAAGAUAAACGUAGACCCAAUCAUUAUUAUUUAGUUUAUCCAUGGUAUAAUCGAAAAUAUGUUAAAAGACAUAAGAAAAGAACUCCCUCGAACAAUAUUACACCUGAGAUUUUCAAUACUGCCGAAUGUGAUGAGGUGCAAACGAUUGACGAAAUGCAAUCAGAUGGUGCAUCCACUGAUCAAAGAAACUCGGAAUCUGGUCCUGAAUGUUUCUGCGAAGAAUCUCUCGAUGGUUCUGAUGAAGAAGAACCGAAUACUGAUAAACAUUGUUUGGGUGUACAAUCUGAGCCGAAUGAUUUCAGUGAUAUAUCGGACACUGAAUCAUUCUACAAUAAUUAUAGCAAUCAGAGUAGUGAAGAAGCUAUACGCUUGGAAGUGGGCCGUGACAGUACGGGCAACAGAUUCAUCAAAUUUAAGUCAAAUAUUACAAGAAGUGAUGUGCUGUAUAUGAUUCUUAAAUUCUACACGAAGUAUAAUACACUCCCGUUCAAAAGUUUGGGGUCACCCCCUCAAAAACAUGUCAUUUUCUUAGGCCCAUAUCUCCGCCAAUUUGCGUCCGAUUUCAAAACCCUAGGUUUCAUUCAAAAGAUAAUAAGUCAAAGAAACUUUGAACAUGAUUUUAAAGAAACUUUUUCAAAAAAAUUUGUAUGUAAACUUAACCCAAAGUUCCCAAAUUUUCUAAAAAAUGAAUAUAAACUUACGGCAGUGUCGCUGGAAGUUGGGUCGACCAAAUUUAAGAUGAGAGCGGUAAUAUGACCCAUUUUCUAUUAGAUUUCAACUGCUUUUUACAGAACUUAGCUAAAAAAUCUAGAAAAAAAGUUAUUAAGUAAAUUAAUCCUUGAUGUCAUCGACCAAAAGUUUGGGGUCACCCCUCAAAAUGAUGUAUCGGCCAAAAGUUUGGGGUCACUAACGUAAAACAUGGAAAAGUGAUUUGUUGAUAUCUUUGUCAUCUUUCAUUCAAUUUUAAUUCUUCUUGGCUUAUUUGAAACAAAAUGAAUGAUACUUACUGCAUAGACAUUGAACCACACAUAUUUGUUGAAAUCUACAUACUAAAACUUAACGUAAAGUUGCCUCAUUUUUUGAAGCGUGGUAAAAUGUGCUAAAUUUACAUAACAUUUUUAUAUACAAAAAUCGUUAAAUACGUUAAGUUAAAGACAUCAAACGUAAAUUUAGUUAAUUAUCUUUGAAAUGAGCCAAAAAUAAUUAAAAUUGAACUAUAGAUGACGAAGAUAUCAUCAAAUCACUUUUCCAUGUUUUACGAAAGUGACCCCAAACUUUUGGCCGAUACAUCAUAUUGAGGGGUGACCCCAAACUUUUGGUCGAUGACAUCAAGGAUUAAUUUACUUAAUAACUUUUUUUUCUAGAUUUUUUAGCUAAGUUCUGUAAAAAGCAGUUGAAAGCUAAUAUAAAAUGGGUCAUAUUACCGCUCUCAUCUUAAAAUUUGGUCGACCCAACUUCCAGCGACACUGCCGUAAGUUUAUAUUCAUUUUUUAGAAAAUUUGGCAACUUUGGGUUAAGUUUACAUACAAAUUUUUUUGAAAAAGUUUCUUUUAAAUCAUGUUCAAAGUUUCUUUGACUUAUUAUCUUUUGAAUGAAACCUAGGGUUUUGAAAUCGGACGCAAAUUGGCGGAGAUAUGGGCCUAAGAAAAUGACAUGUUUUUGAGGGUUUGACCCCAAACUUUUGAACGGGAGUGUAUACCACAGCAAGAUGUUGAGCAUUUAUUACAGAUGUUUAAUGCCAUUUCAACGAGAAACACAUUCCCAGAAACAUUUGAUGCCUUUAAACAGACGUUUCCAAAUAAAUGUGAAAUGGAACGUGUUUAUUUUUGCCUAACCUGUCAAUACGGAUAUAGCGACACCCCCAGUGCAGAAGUUGUGUGUCCUGUGACUAAUUGUGAGACAACGAAAAAAGACUUUUUCAUCGUCUUCUCCCUCGAGGACCAGAUACGGGAAACCAUUAUUAAGUAUUCUCAACAAAUUAAAGAUUAUGAGAAGCACAUUGUCGAUUUCGAUAUAUGCGACAUUAACAGAGGGCUUCUGGCACAGGCAGUCAUGUCACGAGAAGAUUGCAAAUUUAUUACUCUUUCUGCUAAUGAGGAUAGUGCUGCAGCAUAUAGGAGUACUACGAAAAAGCCUCUGUAUCCGCUAUUUCUUGUAGUCAAUAAUUUGCCUCCUCAUUUAAGAUUUGAUAAAAAUAAUCUCAUCAUUGGAGCACUAUGGUUUAAUACCGGGAAACCUGAUAUGGCCCUUUUCCAUAAAAAUUUCAUUCAACAAUGUCAACGACUCCGCAACGGAAUUCAGGUUGAAUCUGAAUUUUAUAAAAUAAUUGUUCUUCAAAAUUGUUUGGAUUCAGUUGGUAGAUGUGAGGUAUUCUGUUCCAAGCAGUUCAAUGGAAAAUAUGGAUGCACCAUCUGCCUCCACCCAGGAAAAGUAAUACAAAACCAAGUUCGAUAUCCCUAUCAGAAAUCAAAACUUAGAGAUGAUCAGUCCACAAGGAAACUAAUGAUGCAAGUUCACAACUCGGAAAAAGGAGAAUCUGUCUUUGGAAUAAAGGGCCUCAGUGUGCUCACUGGAAUUCCGGAUUUCGAUAUUAUCAAAGGAUUGCCACCGGAUUAUAUGCAUAUGGUAAAUUUGGGUCUUACUAAGCUACUGUGGGAACUUCUUAUCGAAGGCGAUUCUGAUAAUAAAUCGCAACCAUAUUACAUCGGAAAUUUUAAGCAGUUGAUAGAGCAUAGAUUCCAGGCGAUUCGACUGCCAAGCAGCUUUCCAAGACGAAUCAGGAAUAUAGUCGAGCAUGCUAAAUAAGGACUGUUCAAUUUAUAAAACGGACAACUUUCUUGUGUGAUAUCUUUUUUAUUUUUCAAUAAAAUCAUUAUCAGUUUUUUGCAUAACCUUCUGUGGCUAUUCUUGAAUGUGGGAAAAAUAUAACAUUAAGCAAAAUGAUCUUUUUUCUGUAACUGAAGCGGUUUUCGUAAAAUAUCAAUAAAAACCCAUUUCUCAAAAUUCGACAUAACUUUCUACAUACUUAACAUGCACAUUUUCAUGAAGUUUUUAAUGUAUUGGAAUCUUCUACUAUUCUACUAAAGGUAAAGCUCAAUAGUUGGUCA